GGUACGUGACGUUCAAAUUCAGACAACAGGAUCUAAGGUUUUUUUUCCACAUGCAUGUAGCCGUCAGAAGUACCCUACCUAGAGGCUUGGGAGAUAGGGGUGAUGUAACAUUUAUAGGACUUGAAAUCGAAAUGAUGGGACUAACAGGAGUUUCCUACCUGCUUACUACCGUCUGGAGUGCCUUACCUCGAUACUCGAGAGCUAGAGAUGAUACAGCGCUUGAGGAACGCGAAAUCGAACAAGUGGACGUGAUUUGAGCCUUCACAUGCAUGCUAACGUUGGGAGUGCCCUACCUACCCACUAGAAAGCUAGGAGUAAUGUAAC